GUUUGCCUCACGAGAAGCACCUCAGACAGAUUGUGGCUAACUAAACAGGACAGCAGCGAAUAGAAAAAAGUGGAGGUGUGUUGCUGGAGCCUCAUAUUCAUUUCGGAAUCUAAAUGGAUAUUGACGAAAGCAUUCUUUCCCGUUGUUUCAUAGGCCUUCAAACUCGGACAUUGCAAUUUUGUAGGAGUGUGGCAGAUUUAAACUUCUGUGGGACUCAAGGUCAAAAUGAAGUCCCUCAAUCCCUUUGAUGAUGAACCUUCUAGCUUAUCUCCGUACGCAAAAUCAGAAACCACAGAACGUUUUCCUGACUUCCGACGAAACAUGGGAGAAACAUCUGGAGCUCUUCAGUGUCAAAUAUCAGACAGUCAGUCACGAACGAAAGCAAGUCAACAGCGGGCACUGGCCAGUAUUUAUAAUUCUGAACAAAUUGGUGUUUCGGCAGCUCAUGAGCUUGUUGAACAGGGCGAGAAAUUAAGUCGCGCAGAGCAAAAACUCGAGGAAAUUAGUGAAUUACAGAAAGAUAGUCAAAAGAAAAUUAACACAUUGUCAAGUGUUUUUGGCGGAUUUAGAAAUAUUUUUUCACGCAGGCAGUCACAGCCUGUUACUCAAGGACCAUCUGCUUCAGUGGACAAGAUGAUAGAUAAUAAGAAUCCCGGUAAUCUGAGACAAUCCAUUCAGUGUGGUUCCUCAUGGGGUGACCAGUACACAAGUACAUUGCAGAAAACUGUAAUGGUUUCUACAACAAUUCUUUGAUGCUUAUGUUUCGCUUCUGCAACAGAUACUGCCAUCAUUAUGUGAACGCAGUGAUUUUCACCUUGAAUGAAGUCUAAUUUGUACAUUUCAAUCAGGAAAUUUCAGAAAGUUAUCCCGGAUGACACUCGAUUCAAUCGAACACCAAGUGUUGGGAAGAGAGGAAAACCAAUGAUGCUCCAAAAUCUUCAGACAUUGAAUUCGAAAAUAAUUUAUCUUUAAUGAGUGAUGGCAUGUCUCGCUUGAAGAGUCUUGCUCAAGGUAUGAAUGAUGAAUUAAAAAUUCAAAAUGAACAACUUGAUCGUAUGGCGCCCAAAAUUCACCGAGUAACAGAUACUAUGUCAAAUCAAAAUCGUCAAAUGAAUAAAUUAUUAGGAAUUCGACCGAAAUAAAUUGUUCACAUUUUGAUUUCAUUCACUUUUUAUCCUUCCACAUGUAUGUCUUUUCUAUGGAACAUUUAAAAUAAGACAGAAAUGUGAAUGGAUUAGUCUUUCUCUUAUGUUUUUUCCUUAUUUUUAUUCCAAUACUUCUAAUAUAUUAUUUUUAUUGUCAAAGAUUUCUUACUGUGUACACACAAUCGAUGAUCUUAUGAUUGACUAGUGUUUGAUUUUUUUUUAACGCUCUGAUCUCAGAAAAAUCUCAGAAUAUUCUUCUCAUUUUAAUAUUGACUAACUUUAGACAUAUGGGUCAGAGAUAUUCAUUUUGUUGUUGGUUAAUAUCAAAGCAAUAAUAUAAACAUCUUAAGACGCAAGUUAACUGCUGAAUUACACCAUGAAAUACAAUUGGUGAAAAAUAACUCACAUAGCGAUAGGUUUGCAUACAUUAUACAUACAUCUUUCCAAAGGUGUGACUGACCCCUCAAUCACAUGUAAUGAAUUAAACUCUGGUUUGUCUCCAAGUUUGUUAAAUAUUUGUGGUGGAAGUACAUCAAGUUGCGCACCAGUAUUGAAACAUAACUAACUUUAAAAAAAAUGAAAACCACCACUUUUGAUAGACGGAUAUUACUUUUUAUUUGUUAGUGAAUUUUAGCGGAGUAGUGUCCUUAGUUUUAACUGACAUUGGUAAACUCCCUGCAACUUUGUAAUUCCCAGAUACAGGUGCUGUGACAUCAUUUCCCUAACCCACAUUAUUUGCCGCGGAGUGGUGGUUAACGAAAGCGUUUUUGUCAUUUGUGGGAGAGUUGAGCGAUCUGAUGAGUCGCACUCCACAGAGUUUGGACAAGUCACCAAUUUUGUUUUGAAUUGUUGACUUGGACUGAAGAGUCAUCUUUAAAGAUCACCUAAAGAGUCUAAAGCACAGUUUUGCUAAGUGAAUAAUUAGAUCUAAAUAGCCGUUGCACAGUGCCACCUCAAACCUUCUUUAGGUCGGUCGAAUUUCACAUGUAUGAGAAAAUACCCGCUGCCCAACUAAAUCCCUUAUUCAGUGCUAAGGGAAAAUUUAUCCUUACAUUGGCAAUUCGUCGGAUUGUUUUCCCACAGCGCUGCUAUCUUGGGUUGUAUAAAUCUCCACCUUUCAGUUUAACAUCAUGAACUUGUUGUGCUUCUUCAAUUCCUGAUACUGUGCAUAUGUCUACUAGUGAUUAUAAAUGAAGGUCAAUAUCACCUAUUGUGGAAAUCUGCUUUGGUAAUACAGAAACAACACUUCUAUGUGGUCAGAAUAGUAGGCAUUGAGUUGAACGAGUUCUCGCCAACUUACUGCGAAUAAAUUUUGGCAUAUUACGCCACAUUUUAGGCGGUGACACUCACAACAACAGUGGUCAUAAUGCAUGUACGACGA